CAGCGGCUGGCGGCGGGCGGACGGCGGGCGGCAGUGCGGGCGUGAGGGCGGGCCGGGAUGGAGGAGGAGGUGCGGUGCGUGGCGUGCGGCGCGCCCUUCACUGAGCCCGUGCUGCUGCCGUGCCUACAUGCCUUGUGUCGAGGAUGUGCGAGUGCCGCGCAGCGCCCCGUGCACGCCCUGCUGGCCGAGCCCGCCCCAGGGGCCUCCGGGGCCGCCGCCAGCCAUGAGCAGGAGCCGCCCGACGGCGGCGACAGCGACAAGGCUUCGGUGUACAGUGAGACGGACAGCGGCGUGGUGGUGGCCUCGCGCCCUGCCUCCUGCGUGCCCAGCCCCGAGGCCUCGGGGGCGUGCGAGGGCGGCGAGGGCGGGGCGGGGGCGACCCAGCAGGGCAUCCGAUGCCCCGUGUGCCUGAAGGUGUCGCCGCUGGGGGCGGGCGGCGCCGCGGAGCUGCCCCGUCACAACGCCAUGGCCAGGAUUAUCGCCCGCGUUCGAGGAGGCGAGCCGCCCCCGGCGGAGGCGCCGCCGCAGGCCACGACGACCGUCACGGGGGGCGCCGCCACCCUGCCACCGUGCCAGCUGUGUGAGGGGCCGCCCCGCCCCGCCGCCACGGAGUGCAGCCAGUGCCGCGUGCUGUACUGCGGGCCCUGCCUGGCCUCGUGCCACCCCGCCCGGGGCCCGCUGGCUGCCCACACCCUGGGGCCCGUCAUGCCUCUGGAGGGCCCCUCGGGGCAGUGGACGGGGGAGGUGUGUGCUGCCCACGGGGAGCGGCCCACGCAGUACUGCCUGCUGUGCCGCUGGUGGGGCUGCAACGAGUGUGGGCCGCGGCACGGCCAGCAGGGCGGCCACGACCUGCAGCCCCUCGACAACCUCGCCAAAACCCACAAGGUGCGUGGCGACCUGUGCUUUAUGCUGUCCAGCGGCAGGAAUGGGGGGUGGGUGCUGUGUGGUGCGGUGUGCCUGUGGUGAUGUGUUGUGCUGUGUGCGUGUGGUGUGUUGUGUUGUGUGCGUGUGGUGUGGUGUGGUGUUGUGCUUUAAGAGCAGUGUUGUUAUGUAUUGUACGGAAUCCUCCUGAGCUGUGC